CUUUUAACGUACCAGUUGCUUCCCAUUGAAAGCGAAGCGCCACUUGUCAAACACGCAGCUUUGAACACGUUGACCGGUCCAGAGCAGCGGCGGCGGAGAAGAAGCAGAGUGGGCAGCCUCUUCCUAGGAUAAUAUUCAUAUUUAUUAUUUUCUCUGAGCUGGAAUAGCUGCGACAUCGUGUGAGAUAUGUGCCGGUUUGUCGGGAACCUGCUGCUGUAACGGUUCAGACGGUAACGUUAUCAAAGGCGAAUAACGGACAGAUGAGACUGUAACGUUACGUACGUAAACUGCUAGACGUAAGUGGCAAAAUAAUCGCAUGUGCUGGCUGGGCUUGGCGCUGGAAAAUGCGAUAUUAACUUUUUUGUAUAUGUGCGCUACAUCUCGUCUUAAGUUAAUUUAUUCAAACAGCUAGCUCUGAAGCUCCUUUCAACGCUGGUCCGUUCACUGUUUUGUGCGCAUGACUUGGGUUAGCUAGGCGGCUAACCAGGACGCGCUGAUGUGCCCGUGAGCGUAUAACGGAAUGAUGAUCAGAAGAAACUGCCAUCAGACAGGCGCUGAUGGCCUAUAUUAAUUCUCAAACCCUAUUUAAUUAUUGUUUUACGUGCUUCAUCAGAUACAGCCUCAUAGCCGUAUGUAUGGUCAGACCUGGUGGUCCCUGCUAUAGUUAAUAAAACUAUCCGUAUAAAAAUGGGCACGUCUUAAUUUGGAAAACAAAGAAUUAGGCUACUGAGCAGGUCAAGCUGGUUAUCUAGUUAAGCUUGGUUUUAGGGGAGCUAGCAAGCUGGUUGACGGAUUAAGCCACACCGUCUGGGCUGUACUGCACCCUGCAUCCCUUCUGUCUCUCAAUUGGAGUAUUUAUUUUUUCCGGUUUGCACGUUUUUGUUGUCUGUGCACCGCACCACAAUGAGCGGGGACACCGGGCCGGUGGAGGUGGAGCCCAUGCCGGGAUACUUGGACCUCGUCACCAGAGCCACCACGGUAAUGCUGGGUGCGUGGAGAGACUGUAGUAACUGCGGCGUGGAGCUCUCCAAACGGACUCUCCUGGAUAACGCAUACAUUACCUGCACCGAAAUCGCCCUGUUCUUCUUUUGCGCCUUUUUGUGGACGCAGGUCAGGCGGGGACUGACAGAAAGUCUGUUUCAGCCUCUAGCACAGUGGUGCAGGCUGCUGCCCAAAGAUGCUGCCAAGAUGCCGGAGAGUGCGUGGAAGCUGGUCUUCUACACCAUGUCGUGGUCAUACACCACCUACUUGCUCUUCUUCAGCUCCUACUCCUUUUUCCAUGACCCGCCCUCUGUCUUUUACAACUGGAAGAGCGGUAUGUCAGUGCCUGUAGACAUCGCCAUAGCCUACCUGAUCCAGGGCAGCUUCUACGGCCACUCCAUCUAUGCUACAGUCUACAUGGAUGCGUGGAGGAAGGACUCAGCUGUCAUGGUGGUGCACCACAUCAUCACGCUGGCACUCAUUAGCUUUUCCUAUGCCUUCAGAUACCACAACGUAGGGAUUCUGGUGUUGUUUCUCCACGACAUCAAUGAUAUCCAGCUGGAGUUCACCAAGCUCAACAUCUACCUGAAGGCCAGAGGAGAUGGCUAUCACCUGCUCAACGAUGUGCUGUCCAACAUGGGCUCUGUCAGCUUCAGCAUCACUUGGUUCUGGUUCCGCCUCUACUGGUUCCCUCUCAAAGUGCUGUAUGCCACAUGUGUGUCCAGCCUCCAGUCUGUCCCAGACAUCCCCUUCUACUUCUUUUUCAACGCUCUUCUCCUGGUGCUGCUGCUCAUGAACAUCUACUGGUUCUUGUUCAUAGUGGUUUUCGUGGUGAAGGUGCUAAAGAUGAAGGAGGUAAAUGACGUCAGGGAGUACGAUGACGAGGACGGCAGCAAGGAAGAUGCGGGCCUGCUCAGAGACCCUCAGGCAGAAAACAACGAUGAUGAUGCUGGACAUCACAUCUCUGCCCAGGGGAAGCACGUGCAGAACGGGGUCACCAAGGACAAGCAUCUCUAACAAGCUCUCCGUCGCCACCACCUGGCUCUAGGCUACAAGUACAAGCAAGACAAGAAGCCCUCCUUGGACGGCUCACGCUUAAAUAUGUGGCUGAAGAGAAGAGUGUCACAAUAAGAAAGGAAGGAAAAUAGCUAAGUUAGGCCGCAAUGAGUUUUGACUCUUUCUAUUUGUUUUAGAACAUUUAAUUUCAUCACUGUAAUUUUGUUUUCAGUAUUAUUUUGUUAGAGCGCUGUGAAUGUUAUUCCGGGUGACUUUUUGUCCUAUUGUUGCUAACUUUACAUUUGAUAGAUUCAGUAGAAACAAGCCAGUUUAAGUAAGAGUUGGACUGUGAUGGUCACAUAUGGCAGUACAGGGUGUCACCUACCCAGACAAGGAAGAGGUUUAGGCCUGUAGUGGUUCUGUGAAUUCUUUAUGGAUAAGCUGUGUUUGCAGUCAUGUUUGCUAAUGGAUUCCUUUCCUCCCUUUAACCUCUGUCCAUCCUCUCUGACUCCAGACAUGAAGAGAAAAAGGUUAAAAAACCUGAUUUAAAUGGGAAACCUUGCGUUGCUCUCAUGGUUGCAGUGAUGCAGGACAGAGCCUGACUGGCACUGUCAGGUGGUGUUUCACCACACGUAUUGAUUUCAAUAUCAGUGGUGGCGAUCGCACAGCUCUGGCCCCCUGCAUCCAUUAGUUUAAAUUAAAAAGCCACACUGGUGUGUGUAGGUAUGUGCGAGUGUUAGCUGCUUCAGGAUGUGGCGAGUAUGGAUGUAGCUCUCACCCUCAAAAUCCUUAGUUUCACAACAUUUCACCUCUCAGUUUGAUUUCUUUUGACAUUGUCUCUUGUAUUGACGAUCAACAUUAGAAAUUCAUUUGGCAUUCUUGUUUAGAAAAAGCUUUCUUUUUUUUAUUUUCCUGUUUUACAAAGCAUCUGUUGCUGCACUGACAUGAAGGCAUACAAGCUGAUUGCUGGUUUAAUGACAGCAAAUAGCUAGAAUUUAUUGACUGUGUUUCACUAUCAUCCUCAUGAUUUAAUUUGUUCAAACAGUAUGGAUUUUAAUAACACUCAUGACUAUUUUAUAAGUUUGUGGGCGUUGACCAUCAUGUUCACAGAAAAAUUGGAACCCAGAACUUGUGUAAAGAUGAAAAUCAGUAUGCAUCAUUUAUACGCACCUUAUGGUAUUCAGGAAUGAAUGACACCGAAUUAUUUUGGAAAUGCUAUGUAAUCAUGUCUAUUAAUGCCUAAAACUCAUCCCUAGUGAUCUUUUUUUGAAGCAGCAGCGACCACUGAACACACAUAAUGUUGACUGACAUACAAAUACAAACCAGUGUGUGAUAAACCUUAUAUGAUGAAUCUCAGACACAUUAAAACAUGUGAAGGAACCAGAUUAAUGUCUAUUUUUUCCUAGAAAUUCCACAUUUUUAAGAUUUGGAUGUCAUCUGCAAUGGCGAACACGGGGGAAGGGACCUGUUUCUCCCGAGCGGUUUCUCUGGAUCCUGCUGGUUUACUGUGUGUGUUAGUGGAAAAAGCUGCUGCACCUGUAGAGAAUGAGGGAUGUUCCUGUUCUUCCUACCGUCUCGAUCAAAUUCAAGCUCUUUGUUUCGAUGAACAGCAUGGUUGUGCUGCUGGAGCAGGACGCAGAUAUUGUCUGUCCGUAAUAGAAGCAUCCAUUCAGUUGUAGUUCAUCAGUUUGUCUUCCACCAUCCCCUCUUUAGCACUUUGGGGGAAGUUCAAACUAACCUUUAAUUUUACAUGAAUUAUCACUAUUAUUUCUAUAGUUCAGGUUAUUAUUGUUGAUUUGAUUUUUUGAAUUGCUGCUGGGGUUUUUUUCCUCUGAAAGCACUGUUGUUAUUCCAGAUGUGUUGUUUUUUUCUGCUGUGUAUGUGGCGGUGAUAGUCUGCUCAGAUCAGGUGUUUCCAUGGACCAGUGAGAGUCAUUCUGUUCGUCUACGUCAGGAUUUAGAUCUCCCUUCUAAUCUGAAUGCUGGCUCACACUCAUUUUACUGUAGUCAUUAUACAGAAAGUAACAAGGCUUAUCCAACAUGUCAGUGUGUAUAAUGUAUCAGAUGUUCAGAGUCCAGUGGUUUUACUGGCAUGGUGUUCUGGCAGGAAGUGGCCUCUGAGGUCCUCCCUGCUCAACUGUGAGACUUGACUAUCUAUAGUUUGCUGAUAUUUUUGUUAUAGGAUGACAUACGACAGGGGAGUGAAGUUUGCAGUACACCCACAGAGAUCUAUGAGAUGGUUUAGGUGUGACUCAUCCCUCAAGUCUAUUUUGGUACUGUGUGAAAAAAGGUGCACCUUCAAUCUCUCCCAUUGUGUCCGGUGAUGUGUGAACGGGUAACUACUAUAGGGGUGGGCGAUAUGACUAUAUAAAUCUGCUGUACUGUUUACACCCUGUAUUUGGCCAUUGUGGGUAUUGUUGUAAAUCAGUGGAGCUGUUUAAUGGCAAUUUUGGACUAUAUAAUUUUUGUAUCCAAAGUACUGUUGUCUUGUCAGGUAUUUACUUUCAUGGAUUACCCAAAAACAGCUGCAGCAACUAUCAGGUGUGUACUAGAUAAUUGAAUUUUUUCAGAAAAUGUACACCAUGCUUCCCAGUACAAUGAUAUGAAACAACUUAUAUCGUGAAGGAGGAUUUUAUCCAUGUCACCCACCCCUAACCAUAACGCAGAAGGGAUGAAACUAUCCGAAGAGAAAAAACAUUUUGAGAUUAUGAGUUUUCUUUCUGUACAGAUUUGGCUUUUUCUUAAUUUGCACGUACGAUACAACAUUGGCCUACAGUUCAGGUCAUCUUUGGUUUAAGCUGUUGGAAGCAUGUUGCAUGUGAAGCUCAGUUCAGUCAGACAACUCCCCUGCAACAGAAGUUUGUGAAUGUACAGACUUUGUAUUUGAUGUCUGUUUGGUGGCAACCUCAUCACUCCCCAUUUGCAUACACAAAACCCACCAGUGAGACGUGAUAAAAUGACAAAUUCACCAGUAAAGCAGCAUUUGCCUCGUCACUUCAUGUUUGCAUACACUUAAGAUCAGCACAGAGAAGAUUAGGGAGUGACGAGAACGUGAUGAAGCAGCGUUUGCAAGCUAACCUGUAAAGCAGCAGCACUGACGAGGCUACUUUCCAUACACAAGAUCAACACAGAAAUUUAGGAAGAGAUGAUAAAAAGAAAAUCGCAAAGGCUGCAGUGGAUAUGUGUUGCAGUGAGUAGAGUAUGACACUGUAUGUGGUGUCUAGGCUCCAACCUCGUCACUCUCCAUUUAAAAUUAAUUUUAUUUAUAUAGCCUAAUAUGACAAAUUUGCCUCAUGGGGCUUUAAAAUCUCUACACCAUGCAACACUCUCUGUCCUAUAUAAGUAUUACAAGUACUGCGAGUCGUCUGCCUGAACUGGCUCGCGGGCUUUGCUCCAUCAUGACAGAAAGUAUCUCCAUGAAUGGUUUGACUGUGCCAAAAUGUCCACCUAAAAUAUGCGUUUGUACGAGCUGAUGACGAGCGAAGAGGAGAGCUAGUAGAAAAUGACGGGGAGAAAAAACGCUGCAGGUAUUUCUUAUAAAUUGCACUGUAAUUUAUUAUUAUUUGUACUGUAGAUCAAAAUGAGAAAAAGGGAAGGGAGAAUUUGGGAAUUUUUAUAACUUUUUGGGAAGAACCAGUAACUAAAACUCUUAUUAACUGAAAGUGUAUUUUAGUCAUUUAUGGGGGUUUUUUUUUGUUUUUUUUGGACAAAUAAAUGCUGGAAGCGAUAAAUAUUGCCCCCCUUUUUUUCCAAACUUAAUCUGACCACUUUCUAAAUCUGAGCACUUGAUAAAGACACGUACUUGCUCUUUUGUAAUGCAAUUUUAAUACCAUUCAGCCAAUGUUAUCGUUUCAUUUUUUUCCCAUAAAAUAAAACAUGUCAGUAAAGAA